CAGUGUUUUGAUGAUGUGCAGGCACAUAGAUAUUACUUAGAAAUUACAGAUGUGGGAAACAAGUAGUAAAAUUAAACCGUCCAAAUUAUACUAACUACUGUAGAUAUAUCACGAACUAAAAAUUAAUCUUAUUUGAUUAUCUAAAUAUCAGAUUGGUGGACAUUUAUUGUACGGUUAAAAAAGAAAAAUAGCCAACUAUCAUAUUUCCACAAUCAAGUGUCCACAAAUCAGAGGUCAGAAUUCUUCAAAGAAUAAGGUAUUAGAAUUUUGACUUUGUGACAGUCAGCUGCACAAUCUAUUCGGUCUACUUGAGUUAGCAUUUGCCACGUGCACGAUUUCUGAGUGCCUGCGUAUCAAGUGUCAAACGCGGCCUGAGUAUCGUAUAGCUCAUUUUAUAAACGGCCUCUGCAUUCCCGCGCUUGUUCACGAAAUUGAAAAAAACGCAGAGAGAGAGAGAGAGAGAGAGAGAGAGAGACGAUGACUCUGCUCUGUUUCUUACUCGAUCUUCGAAGCUUAUCGCCUCAAUUACUCCGAGAGCUAAAGCAGUGCUUGUUGCAGCUUGCAAAUCUAUACGCAAUCUCGGGAAAUGGAGAACGCGGAUCAACGGAUAUCCUUCAAGAUCGGAUCGGUUUAUGCUACAUCCAUAGAGACAGAUCUUCCUCUUCUCCUUGUUCCGAUGACGAGCUAAAGAUUGUGUACAGUCCAAGAGGGAAUUUCAAUCUCCGUGAAUUCCAUCAUGCUGUUAACAACUUGCCUUCAGAUGGCUUCUUACCUGAAUUGUGUGAGUCAGGAAUGACUAGAAGCAGUACUCGAGAUGCAAAGCUCGCAAAGCUGCUGAGCAACAAAGCUUUGUUCUCAUGGGGUAGUAAAGAUAUUCUAAGGAAAGUGAUACUGAUCACCUCUUGCCUACUACAAAAUACGGACACUCUGAGGGAGACUCUCGCGGAUGCAGCAGAGCAAUGCGUUUCAGUGGAAUUUGUGGUCUUGGAACAGGAGGCAUGCCAAAACGAUGACACGUGUGAAAAUGCCAAAGAAUUUAUGAACAGCAUCUCCGACCUUGAAAACUGCUUGCUUAGAAGUUAUUAUCCUGAUACACGGGUCUUGGCUGGACUUGUAAAGAGAUGGCUACAGGAGCUGAAGGAUGAGAUAGAGGAACCAUUGCAAGCUUUCUUUCUCUUCAAGAACAGUCUCAUAGGCUCUGUGAAGCAGAUCUUCUGCAACUUGUUUGCUUCUGCCACCCAUAUCAUUGAUGGUUUCAGCCCCUGCCAGGCAUGCAGGUGUCAUGGCUUGCCUGUAGAUGGUCCAGUUGGUUACCAGGCAAAGAGGCCUUCUUCUUGCCCGGUUACGGCCCAUGAGCUUGGAGCAUGUGAUUUGGUCGAAAAUGCAAUGAGGGUAGGAGAACAAACAAUCCUGUUCCUGCCCUCCUUCCAGAGCUGUCCAAAGCUCCAACGAGUUUCGACUCCCAUUGCUUUCAAUGUCGUGGAGCGCACCAACUUGGUUUCUCUUAGUGAAGGUGUCGUAAUGGGGACUUCCUGUGUUGUAACUCCAUCAAGUUGUCAUGAGAUGGAAUCUGCUUCAGAUGGAUAUGAUAAGUCAGAGCUGAAUAUUCAAUUAUUCCAUGGGCUUUGUCAAACACUUCAUUCUCUGGAUCAGGGAUUAGUAUGCUCGUCAAACUGUAACACAGGAACCAUGUGUGAAGCAACCUUCCAGUGCUUCUACAUUCUUCAACCUUCAGAUAAGGGGCCAAUGCUUCUGAGGAGGCUUGCAGCAUCAGAGGAAAUUUUGCCCAUUCCUGAUACCAUUGAAUCGAUGGAUCCUUCGACACCCAAGGAGAUAGAAGACUCCAUUCAAGCAUCAUUAUCAAAGGUGGAGCUAAGAGACUACAACCCUCUUCUUCAUGAGAGAGGGUUCCACCCAAAGCUAAACUGCCUUGUAAAAGAGAGCCUGCAUUUUGGAUCAAUACCACCAAAGAGAACUAAGACCCGCUCCAAAGAAUUAAAAUUCAACUCCCCAAAUCCACAGCAGCCUUCAGAUGUAUCAACACAACCAACCUCAACAAAGACAGAAGCUACCGUAAAUGCUGAAACACAAUCUGUCCAAACAGCAGUAGAUGUAGAUAAAACAGCUGAUUGCAUUACAGAGGAAUGGGAGCAGCUGAUAGUCAAUGAAGUUAGUCAAAACUACUCCCCUACUUGCAUUUCCAAACCCAAGUUUGAAAACUUGGCCUCGUCAGCUUCGGACAGUCAGAGGCCGUUGGAUGAGAAAACGUCGAGGAUUUUGGAGAGACUAGAAGCUCCAAGAGAGCAGAAAAAUAAAGGAUCUUCACCUUCUGUUGUGGUAAGUAAUGUGAAAAGAGAUGGGCGUGGGCCCAUGAAGAAGCCUUUAGUGCCCUUUGUGCCAGGCUGUGCCAUGGACCAGGGGCUGAGCUUGAGCCAGCCUAUCAAGCCCAAUUUCCAGAAGGCGAAAAGGAAGCUGAGGUGAAAGAGGUUUGAUUGAAAAGUUCUUUCAAUCUUUUAGCAGGCUAAGUUCUUGUUGCAGUAUGCAUGAAUGCCAUGCAUCAAUUUCCCUGCGUAUCAUUCACAAACAUACAUACAACACACAAAAUCACAAUAUAUACAUAAGAUACGGGAUGAGCGGAACUGUUUAUGAAAACAAACAAAUACGUUGAUAUGAAAUGUUUGAAUUGUUCAUGUAUGAUGUAUGUGAUCCUUUUACCAUAUGAUUGAGGAAAUAA